CUCAUUAACAUCAACAAUAAAUAUAAAUCCACUCAACUCUGUUUUAUCCAAACCUCACUCAAACUCCUUCCUUGUAGUAGUAGAAAUUUCACCAUUAUAAUCAUGUUCUUCAAAGACCUUCCCAAAACAAAUAGCUCUUACCUUUUUUGCUCACAUUCUUGCAAUAAUGCACAUUAGUUUGUCUUUCUAGCUACCAAACAAAGCCUGAAUUUUUUUUUUUUCGAUUUCAUCAAAAUUCGCCUAAUGAAUCCCGAUAUUCCGAUCAAAGAGGAAUGCCCGGGAGGUUCGUCGGGUGGCGACCAGCUGGCAGAACUACCGAGGCCGAUGGAAGGGCUGCACGAGGUGGGCCCGCCGCCUUUUUUAACGAAGACUUUCGAGAUGGUUGAUGAUUUUAGGACAGGGCAGAUUGUGUCUUGGAGCAAUGGAGGAUAUAGCUUUGUGGUUUGGGAUCCUCAUGCCUUUGCUAGCAAUAUAUUGCCCACAUACUUCAAGCAUCACAAUUUCUCCAGCUUUGUUAGGCAGCUCAAUACCUAUGGAUUCAAGAAGAUAGACUCCGAAAAAUGGCAAUUCGCAAACGAAUUUUUCAUCAAGGAUCAAAAGCAUCUCCUAAAGAACAUUAGACGAAGAAGAAAAACUCCCUCUAAUGCCCCAUAUUCUCACCAACAACAAUCCACUCCAAAUAAUCCAUGUGUCGAAAUCGGUACAUUUGGACAAGAUAUUGAAAUCGACCGAUUGAAACGAGACAAACAAGUCCUCACGAUGGAGCUCGUGAAGCUCAGGCAACAACAGCAAGAAACGAGAGUUCACUUGCACCGAAUGGAGCUAAAUUUACGAAAAACCGAGCUCAAACAGCAACAAAUGAUGAGGUUCCUAGCAAAAGCGGCGCGAAAUCCCGAUUUCGUCCGUCAGUUGAUCCAAAUGAAGGAGAGAAAGAAAGAAAUCGAGGAGGAUAUCGGCAAUAGAAAAAGGCAAAGGCCGAUCGAAUAUGGUGAGUCGAGCUCGAGCCGAAGUGAAAACCUUCCGAGUCGCGUCAAACUCGAGCCGAUGCACGGUUUUCAAGUGUCGGAGCUCGAGGCGCUUGCGUUGGAAAUGCAGGGGUUUGGGAGGGCAAAACCGGAAAACGAGGAAAAAUCGGAAGGGCUCGAGGAAUUAGGUGAUUGUUAUGAUAAAGAGCUUGAUGAGGGAUUUUGGGAGGAGUUGCUAAGUGAGGGUUUUGGUGAAUUUGAAGGAGGUGAUGAUGAUGAUGAUGAUGAUGAUGAUGAUAAUGAUGGUGAUGAAGAGGAUGUUAAGGUGUUGGCUGAUAGGUUUGAGUAUUUGGGGUCAAGUCCUAAUAAGUGA